CACUAUUGACCCAUUUAAACGAGGAGUAUUGACAUUUUAUGUAUGAUUUUAAACCUGGGAGAUUAUGAAGAUGAAAAAUGUUUUACUUUUACUGAAACAAGUUAUAAAUUAAUAUAUGUUUGCAUAUUUUUUUGGGUAAAAACAUAAGAAAUUCGUACUCAUAAACCUCUACGGUUUAAACACUGGUGUUAAAAUUAAAUAUCUUCAAAGUGCGUUAACAUAAGGAAAGAUUUUAAGUGUUGUGAAUACGUGACUACCUGACAACUCACAAUGGAUUCUCAAUCAACGGGAAUAGACAAACAUAGCAUAGGUCUUUGCUCGCUUUAGACACGAUUACGCUGUAUAAAGGAUCAUUUUCUAUGGAAACAUUCGUGCCUGAAGGUGAUAGGAAACGAUAGGUAAAAUUGGCCGCUCAUGCUUAGACUUAUACUGAUGAUAUUUUACCUGAUUUAAGAUCGAGGAGGUAUAGAUAUUAACAAAGUUGAAAAUCACAAAAUGGAGAAGUUGUGCAAUAAGGAGUGCAUUGAUUUUAACUAUAGAAUAAGUUUGGCACAAUAGCGAGCUGUUAAAAUAAACAUGGCAGCCGAAUUUUACAGUCAUAAACUAUCAGAAUCCAAAUUCAAGAAUUGGAUUAAGGCUGGAUUAGGCGUUCUAUUUACUAAAGAAGGUAUUGAGCCUUUUGUUUAUGAUGAAAUAGAACAGUUCCAGAAGAAAUGUUUGAGCGACAUUUGCAACAACAACGGACUUGCUGCUAGUACCACGUGUUCUAGUUGCUGUACAGAAAAUGUUGUUGUUUGUCCUACAGAUAGAAUUUGUAAUGUAGGACGUGGGAAAUGCAGCUUCCAUAGAAAUACUGCCACACUAUAUCGCCUAUCUGGUUGCCCUAAAAAUAUAUGUCAUCAUUUCAAAAACGAAAUCCAGAAUGCUCAUCGAUUCUAUGGUCCAUCGUAUAAAAAUACUGAUGCCACCCAGUGGUGCAGCAAUCCGUGGGAAGUUGCUAAAUGUUUCAUGCCACCAGAGGGUUACAAGGAUGUGAUGGCAGCAGCAGAGACGGAUUUCAAUGGAAUCAACAGUGUCAUCAUCAACUAUAAAUCCUUUCAGUCGAAAGUUCACGAUGACCUUAGCAGGAGAAACAAUAUUUUUGACAAGGCUAGAGAGGUAGAAAAAGCUGUUAGACAUUCCUCACAUUUAGGGAUGGAAGAUGAAGAUCUACAACAGUACUUUAGCAUAUUACAGAAUGUACUGUCAGAUCCUGGAUAUUUGGCUUCUAAUUCAACUUCACAGAAUGCUAAAAAGAAACUUUCACAGCUUCAGAAUGAUACCUCGGUCAUUGGUAUAGGCGAUAUCCGGAAAAUGCUCGAUGAUGUUGCUAAGGCAGUUGAGGAUGAACUAAGAACUGAAAAAGAUGAUCACAAGAAGAAAACUGAAAAACUAAAGUUAGAAUUGAUUAAAAUCACAAACAAGUAUGUUAGUGCUUUUAAAAGACAAGAAAAAUUGUCAAUGUCUGAGCUAGAUAAAGUAUUACAGUCUGCAGUUGAUGAAAUGGGAGUGCAUACAAAGAAAUCAAUUAUAGAGGAUCACUCAACACAAAAGAAACACCAACAUGAAUCUGAGGGGCUAUCUUUCCCUGAUGCUCUAAAAUACAAGCCAAGAGAAGAAAAAGGUACAGAUGCAAAUCCUGAGUUACAGGCAGAGGAAGUUAUAUCUGUCCGACUAAAAGAACUUUUCAAUGAUGCUUCAACAGAAAUCCAGUUAUUACAGUAUGAAGAGGUUACAGAAUCGGCUGAUCAUGAAAAGCUAGAGACAUUCAAGACUUACAUAGACAAAGCCCGCAGAAAACUUGUAGUUUACAUGAUUCCAGAUCCUGUACUUGACUGUUUUUUAGAGGACAAACUAUUCGAUUUUCAAGAAACAAGAGAUAUUUGGGAAGAAAGAUACACAACAGAAAAGAAUAGGAAAAUUUUGGAUAAAGUCAGGUCUAAAGGGGAAUUUUGUUAUGACAAUUUAAAGAAAUGUCUGAUAAAGACGAAGCAGAAGCUGUUAGUCGAAAUGCUAGAAUGUAUCGAAAACGGCAAAGACACAAGCAUCUUGGAGAAACAACUUCAAGAUAAGGCAGUUAAAACACAGUCUAAAGUGAUUAAAGGUACAAACCCAGAGUUACAGGCACUGGAAGAUGCGUAUAUUCAACGAAAACAUCACCUGAAGGAAGAUUUGAUAGAUCUCUACAGGAAAAGGCACCAUACCCUACCUCUGUCACCUUUAUUUGAAGAAAAUGACACGCGCUUACUUGAGUUCUACGUCAUGCCAGACAUAAAUUCAGUGGAAAUUCAGAAGUCGCCUGGAGGUUGCCAAGAAGUUAGAUCAAAGGUUACGUCAUUGCAUGAUGUGUUCUACAAAGAAAGCGAACCGUGUCAUGAAAUUUACCUUACUGCGGAUGCUGGGUUUGGGAAAACAGCAUUAAGUAAACGGCUUGUUUUGACCUGGUGUCAAGCCAAAAAAUGUAUCCAAAAUGAAGAAGAAUACUUUAAGAUUGAAGCUGUAAAUGCAAUGUCGAAGUUUGAAUUUGUGUUCUUGUUGUCUUUACGUGAUUGUUCCGAAGAAUGGGACAUUGAUGAGAUGAUCAUAAAACAAAUAAUUAAAGAUCUAGCACACACGUCUAUUACAAUAAGUGAUCUUGAAACCAUUCUUUCUAAGGAAAAAUGUUUAGUGAUUCUAGAUGGUUUAGACGAGUGGACACCCACAAAGCCGGCCUGUAAACAAAGAAAUUGUGACAUUCCACACAGGAAAGCUAGGGAAUGUACAAUCCUAACAACAACAAGACCGUGGAAGUUGGGCGUUAGUAAGAUACGUUCAAGUGAAAUAGAGCGAAAGUUGGAACUUGUCGGACUUAGUAAAACGUCUGCUCGAAGUUUAAAGAGGAGUGUGAUCUCACUAAUGCGUGGUGAAACUGACAUAGAAAAACACAUUCAAAACUUUGAUCGAGCUGUAAGUGAUAGAGGCAUUUCAGAUUUGGAAACUAUUCCGCUUUUACUGAUGUACCUUCUGUGUUUAUGGUGUGAUGGAAUAGAGCUAGGAAAAUCUAAAACUGAGUUAUAUUGUCAAAUUGUUGAACUGCUCCUUAAACGAACGUUUGAAAAAUCUACGCACAUGCAACGGUCACGCGAGCACACCCAGAGUGAUAUCCCACAAUGUUUCAGCGAACAUGAACAUUGUAAGGAACACAACACACUUCUGAAAGCUUUAGGAAAAUUAGCAUUUGAAACGUUAUUCACUGAAAACAAAGAAAGCACCCUUGUGUUUAACCAGUCAAUGACAGACAAACAUCUUACCUCAGAGAAUUUAAAAUUAAGUCUUGACUCGGGAAUAUUAACACAAAGUACAGAAAAGACACUAACAAAACAAAUUUCUAAAUUCUCAUUUUCCCACAAAACAGUGCAGGAAUUUUUUUGUGCAUUGUAUAUUUCCUGUCAAAGUGAAAGUGAUAUCAAAAAAAUUGUUCUACAGAAAUGCAGAAGUUUGCAAAGUAUUCUUGACAUGUCGACAGUGUUUGUUUUCAUCAGUGGUUUGAAUGCAGAAAUCAUUUCUUCAAUAUCACGCGAGUUGAUGUCUGUGAUCAACGAAGAUAAGAUAACGAGCAAAUACAGGUCUACGACUGAUAGGGACUGUAAUCCUCUGAAAGACAUACAAGACAUGUACAUUUCUUGUAUCAAAGAAAACACGAGUUAUAAGGAACUCGAAUUUUUCUGCCAAGAUUUUUUCUUUAGCGGGGAUUGUAAAGAAAAAAAUUACUUUUCACAUUUAUCAUGGCUCGCAGUACACAAUAAAAACAACAUGCAGUCAAUAAAUAUCAACAUAUACGGUACUCAUAGUUUACAUGAAAUUAUUGAUUCUUGUGAAUUACACGAACCCUUCAACAUCAAUAAAAUAUUCUAUUGCGGUAUAGGUGAAGAAGUGCAGCUUCCUUUACUGUUAAAAAGGUCAACAAAAUGUGUCACUGUUUUAUCGCUUUAUCAAUGGCCUCUCGGUUCUUGGAACCGUGAAAUGUCUGAAACAUUACAGAAUAAUUCUUCGUUACAAGCAAUUUAUAUCCACGGUUUCGUGAUGAAUCAUGAUAUACUGAAUGACUUUCUGAAUUAUAUUAUAAACAUAAAAACAAUGACGGAGAUUGGAAUAGGGAACUUAUCGUGUACAGAGCACGAUCGUUCGUGUACUUUCGGUUUAGAUUUUUGCCAGCAUUCAGAUCUAAGGGCGUUAGAAUUGUUCCAGAUACCUGAAGUGUCAAAAUUGAAAGUAAGUAGUCAAGUGAAACACGUAAAGUUGGACAGUAUCAAUCUAGGUGAAAUGUCGCUGCCUCCAGAAAUGGUAAAUAUUGAACGUGUUGAGUUGAAUCGUGUAAACAUCUCUGCUUCAACAUUCCGUGAUAUCAUUAAGGUAGUGGAGAAACUUUCACACACAUUCACAGUAAAAAUAGACAGUUGUAAUAUAGAACCGGAAACAGAGUUUGAAGACCUUAAACAAUAUAUACACUCAUCUCAGAAUUUCCGAGUCACGAGGGAUGAACGUCGUUUGCAGGAGUUUGUGUUUGAAACAAAAGUUGAAAGUCAAGUUACUCAAUAAACUCGGACUGA